AUGGCUCGUGUGAAGUACGUCAAGGAACGCAUAGGUGAAGAGGUUACCGAUUGGAGCCAGCUGCUCCACCGUCGUCAGCGCCGCGAAGAGCGUCGUAGGCUUCAGGAGCUAGAGCGCCAGAAAGAGCUACAGCGUCGCAGAGAGGCUGGCGAGAUUCCCGAAGUUCCGACCGGCGCUACCACCGCUGCUAACCCCAACGCGCCCUCUGUACCUGCAACGAGUAUCACGCCCUUUACCAGGAGGGUCACGAGGGCUGCCUCCAGAGCUGCCUCCAACUCUGCCAUCACCAACACCACCACCGCGACGACCACGACCACGGACACAACCACAGUCAUAGCUCCUGUGUCCGUUCCAGCCAGUGCUCCGGCUAACUUUACAGCCGUUGAUUUGCCUGCUGUCAACACCGACGCAGUUGAUCACGACGAAUAUGGAUAUAUGGAACUGGUGGACCCGGCACUGUUCGAGUUUGGAAACGACGACAAUGUUCCAGAGCUACCUGCCAAUGAUGCAGUUUCCAGUGUUCAAGCCAGUAUGCCGACUACCUCUAAGAACGCUGCUCCACCCUCAUUUACACCGGCCACCGCUCCGGCUGCUGUUUCAGCUUAUGCCAUUGACGUCGAGGAGCAUCCAGUCAUGGAUCGUUCACAGCCCAGAAAUGUCGGGACCGUCCACCAGCAGGCCAUGAUGCCACGCACCGCGCAGGGAAACCAAGAAGUUGUACAGCCGACUACUGACGCGCGUACGAAGGCGGCACUUCAGUUAGUCCCAGUCGUCGAUAUCAUCAACCGUUUAUUUGCCGAGAAUUUGCCCAAGCUGCGAGCACCCACUCCAGAGAUGGUAGCGGCUGAGGCGCGCGUCUUCCUGGCUAGGGCCCGGGAGAACGAGACCGUACAAGCAGUGAGAAAGGCGGCGAGGAUGCUGGAUUUCGAGGUCUUACACAGGAUCAACGAGUCCUCCGCUCAACAAGACCUGAGGACAGAAGUCUUGAAGUUCAGACUCCAACAAGUCUUUCUUGAUGAGUUGGCCAAGUAA